AGUAAAAAAGAUAUAGCGGAAUGCACAAGACCGACAAAAUUCGAAACGUGCCAACUGGAUCCCUGUAUGAUAGAUCCAUGCAAACCAGAACCGACUGUCGUGAUCGUAGGGGCCGGCAUGGCCGGACUAUCGGCAGCGCAUCGAUUGGCUCAGUGCGGCCUCCGUAAUUUUACAGUUUUAGAAGCAACAGAUAGACCCGGUGGACGGAUCCACUCUUGCUGGCUGGGCGAUGUGGUGGCGGAAAUGGGCGCCACGUGGAUCGAGGGUGGUUGCGUGGCUAACCCGGUGUUCACGUUGGCGGCACAGGAAGGCCUAUUGAAGACACCGCUUUUAAGACCGGAACCAAGUCGCGGGCUCUUCUGUACCAGCGACGGUAGGGCCAUCGAUCUUCCGGUUAGCAUCGCGGCGUAUCACACGUUCCGGCAAAUCGAGCAGCAGGCGGCGACUCUCUUUGCCCUUGGCUGCGGCCGUACCCACGGUACGUUGCUGAAUUUUAUGGGCGUCAGAAUUCAGCAGGAGCUCCAUAACUUCCCCGAGGAGCAACGAUAUGAUGCCGCGAGGGUGAUGUACGGCAUGACGAAUUGUAUGAGAUGUCGAUGCGGUGAUGACCUCUCGCUCGUCUCGGCCGACCAAUUUGGCAGUUAUAUCGAGAUCCCCGGUGGAAAUAUCAGGGUACCCUUGGGAUACGUGGGGGUGUUGGCUCCCUUGCUUCGAGAUCUGCCUAGUUGUUGCGUCAGGUACUGCAAACCAGUUAAUUGCAUUCGGUGGGGCACAGUAAGCGACGCGUAUCCACGAGCUGUCGUCAAGUGCAUCGACGGCGAGGAGUUUCCUGCCGAUUACGUGAUCGUGACUCUUUCACUUGGCGUCCUAAAAAAUCAACACGCGAAAUUGUUCCUACCAGGAUUACCCGCCGAGAAAGUCGAAGCGAUCAGCAAGCUCGGAUACGGGCACGUCAACAAAAUCUUCCUGGAAUACGCGAGGCCGUUCUGGGUCUGGCGAGAGGGUGCCAUCAAGCUGGCUUGGUCCGCCGAAGAACUGGCGGACAGAUGCGAUUGGGUGAAAGGUGUGGCAAACGUAGAGGAAUUGCCCAAUUCUCAACACGUGUUGUGCGCCUGGGUGUGCGGACGCGAAGCGACGAACAUGGAACUGUGUUCCGACGAGGAGGUGGUGGAGUCGAUGACGACGGUCCUUCGUCGAUUCACCGGCGAUCCGACAUUACCUUAUCCGGCCAACAUUCUCAGGAGCAAAUGGUGCAUGGAUCAAUGUUUCGCCGGAGCCUACAGUUACAUGGCGAUGGACAGCACCGUUGGUCAUCAGUGUGAUCUGGCUAGUCCGUUACCGGAUUCUUGCGAAGCGGUACCUCCCAUACUCUUAUUCGCGGGCGAGGCUACUGUACCGGGGCAUUACAGUACGGUGCACGGUGCGAGACUCAGUGGUAUUCGUGAAGCAGAGAGAAUUAUUCAAUUGACAAAACGUUACAACGGUCCGCCGAAAAAAGUGCUAACUAAAUCGUGA